CUUUAGCUGUCUGAUUCAAUCCACUCGAUCUCAUCAUAACCAUCAUUUCCUCAAUCUGUAAGUAAAGCUAUAUCAUUGUAAAUUUCCAUUCCCACUCUUAGUUAUAAACUUAGAAUCUUCCCUUUCUAGAUUUAUUAUUCUUCUUCUUCUUCUUUAAUUUUCCCCAUACAAUUACAUAUUAUUUCCACACAAACAAAGAGUCGUAAAUAACUAAAUUAUUGAUUUUUAAUAGUUCCAAAUUGUUUCGUUUUCUGGGGUGUGAUUAUUUGAUCAUACAAAUGACCACUGGUAGCUGUAUUGGAAUCUCUACCAUGAAGCCUUGUUGUAGAAUCCUAAGCAGUUACAAAAGCUCGUCGCUUUUUGGGUUUUCUCCAACCAAGUUUAAUGAUUCAACAAUCAUGUGCAUCUUGUCCAAAUCACGCCAUCCCAACUCAAGCAAUAGCCAUAGAUACUACACCUUUAAUACUAAGAUUGUAGGGUUCAUACGUGUGACCAAUCAGAAUCGGAGAGAUUUUAACGUUUCCGGUUCAAAUUGGGCUCAUUCUAGGAAUUUUAGCACUAGUUUUUGUGUCAAUAUUGGUAGUGUUAGGCCUAGGGUUGUUUCGAUGAUACCGAAUGUAGCUUCAGAUAUUAGAAACCAUUCUACAUCGGUUGAUUCUCAUGUUAAUGACACAAGCUUUGAGAAGAUUUACAUUCAAAGUGGCUUGAAUGCGAAACCAUUGGUAAUUGAAAGAAUUGAGACUGAUCAAACUAAAUUAAAGGAAGUCUCUGAAGAAAGACAUGACGGAUCAUAUGUAAAUAUAGAUAUUAGUGAGAAUAAGGUUGAGAGGGAGGUGUCUGAGAUUGAAAAGGAAGCUUGGAAGUUGCUUCAAGGUGCUGUUGUCACUUACUGUGGGAAUCCGGUUGGCACUGUUGCAGCUAACGAUCCUGCUGACAAACAACCACUGAAUUAUGAUCAAGUCUUUAUCCGUGAUUUUGUUCCAUCAGCCCUUGCCUUUCUGCUCAAUGGUGAUGGGGAAAUUGUCAAGAAUUUUCUACUUCACACAUUGCAAUUGCAGAGUUGGGAGAAAACUGUUGACUGCUACAGUCCAGGGCAAGGAUUGAUGCCAGCGAGCUUCAAAGUUAGAACUCUGCCUCUUGAUGGAAGCAAUGAAGCAUUUGAAGAAGUUUUGGAUCCUGAUUUUGGUGAAUCAGCUAUUGGCCGUGUUGCACCUGUUGAUUCGGGAUUGUGGUGGAUUAUAUUGUUGAGAGCAUAUGGGAAGCUAACCGGUGACUAUGCAUUGCAAGAAAGAGUGGAUGUCCAGACGGGCAUAAGACUGAUUCUUAAGUUGUGUCUAACAGAUGGAUUUGACAUGUUUCCUUCUCUAUUAGUCACUGACGGUUCCUGCAUGAUUGAUAGAAGGAUGGGUAUUCAUGGUCACCCUCUUGAGAUCCAAGCAUUAUUUUACUCAGCUUUACGCUGCUCUCGCGAGAUGCUGAUAGUCAAUGAUGCAACUAAAAAUUUGGUGGCUGCCAUUAGUAAUCGCCUGAGUGCACUCUCCUUUCAUAUGAGAGAGUAUUAUUGGGUUGAUAUGAAGAAGAUUAAUGAAAUUUAUCGCUACAAGACGGAAGAGUAUUCUACUGAUGCUGUCAACAAGUUUAACAUCUAUCCCGAGCAAAUUCCUUCAUGGCUAGUAGACUGGAUCUCUGAGGAAGGUGGAUACUUCAUUGGCAAUUUGCAACCUGCUCAUAUGGACUUCAGGUUUUUCACAGUUGGAAACCUUUGGGCCAUUGUUUCUUCUUUAGGCACAACAAGACAGAACAAGGGCAUUUUGAAUUUAAUAGAUGCUAAAUGGGAUGAUCUCAUUGGUCAAAUGCCCCUCAAGAUAUGUUAUCCGGCGCUGGAGGGUGAGGAAUGGCGUAUAAUCACUGGCUGUGACCCCAAGAACACCCCUUGGUCAUAUCACAACGGUGGAUCUUGGCCGACACUUCUCUGGCAGUUCACGCUAGCCUGCAUGAAGAUGGGAAGGGUUGAUUUGGCACAGAGGGCUGUGGAUUUAGCAGAGAAAAGGCUUUCUGUGGAUAAAUGGCCAGAGUAUUACGAUACCAGAAAUGGAAAAUUUAUAGGCAAGCAAUCCCGGUUGAUGCAGACAUGGACAAUUGCUGGUUUCCUGACCUCAAAGAUGCUUUUAGAGAAUCCAGAGAAGGCAUCCUUGUUGUUUUGGGAGGAGGAUUUUGAACUUCUUCAGAACUGUGUUUGCAUGCUUAACAAAACUGGUAGAAGGAAGUGUUCCCGUUUUGCUGCAAGAUCUCAGAUUCUUGUUUAGUGACAAUUAAGAAUCUCUCCAUACUAUCUUCUUCAGUCUCUGGCUCGUGGCAACUGUUGGGGAGGAAACAGUGUUACCGUUUGUACUUUCAAAGUGUCCGAAUUCAUUAAUGAAUUGGUUGUCAUGUUGUUUAGUGACAACGGCUAACUGUGUAACCUAGUUCCGUUGCAUCAUUAAUUAUGCGGUGUAACUCAUUCCACGUAGAUUCUACUUUAACUGCAUCUGUUAUGUCGCUUCACUCUGUAUCAGAUUUGAGCAGUAUCCACAUUAACUCUUUCAUUUAUUUAUUUUGUUUAGUUUUUUUUUUUAGCUAUCCAUCUAUAUAUUUAUUUU